AUGUAAAACCAGUGUGACAUUUUACAACUUUCUGUAAAUUACACCUUUUCGUUAAUCCAUUUCAAAAAUCUGGAUAAAAGUUCGUGAUAUAAACUUGUAUGCUCGCGUUGUACAUCGAAAAUUAAGAGUGCCAAGGCUGAACAUAGAUGCAAUAGUUGACGGUACGAAGAGAUUUGUCCAUUGUUGUUGUUGUAGUCAACAGUAAAGAGACGGCGGUGAUCCGUGGAUAAACUAGCUCAAGCUCUAUGCUGAUUAAAGCAAAGCGUGAUGUGAGGUUCCGAGACAAAUGUUCAGACAAGUGAGGGAGAAGUUUGCCUCAUCAAACUUUGCUCUUUUACUGUUGGGAUUUUCACAUUGUUUCAAGUUCAAUAUGGCUUGGCGAUCAAGCGGAAAUUCAAACAUAAAUUUGGUUGAAAAUCUUCAGCGCAAUGGUAUUAUAAAAAACCCAGCUGUGGCCAAUGCAAUGAAGGCUGUAGAUCGAGCUCACUUCAGUAGAGCUAAUCCAUAUGCAGAUUCCCCUCAGAGCAUUGGGUAUGCAGUAACCAUCAGUGCUCCCCACAUGCAUGCACAUGCUCUGGAACUGCUAUCAGAACAGCUGAAGGAAGGAGGGAAAGCUUUAGAUGUUGGAUCUGGAAGUGGAUACCUUACAGCCUGUAUGGCUAUAAUGGUAGGAGAAAGCGGAAAAGCUGUUGGUAUUGAUCACAUCCCUGAACUUGUUGAGGGGUCAUUGGUUAACUUAAGGAAAGACCCCUCUAUACAGAGACUUGUUGAGAGUGGACGAGUUAAGAUGGUGGUUGGUGACGGUAGGAAAGGUUACUUAGAAGAAGCACCUUAUGAUGCAAUCCACGUAGGAGCAGCUGCACCGGAAAUGCCAGAAGCAUUGAUUGAGCAGUUAAAGCCAGGAGGUAGGCUGAUUAUUCCUGUAGGUCCAGCGGGAGCCAAUCAGAACCUGAAGCAAGUGGACAAGUUGAUGGACGGGUCAAUAGAAACAACCACGCUGAUGGGUGUGAUCUAUGUACCGCUGACAAGCAAAGACAAGCAGUGGCCCAGGUGGAGAUAACUCUGCGCUAACCUUGCAUGGUGUUUGCCUCCCCUUGUAAGGUCAAAGCAAGAGCUCUAAGGAAGUUGGGGAGAUGGCCUACAGUUAAUACAUUACCUGUGGCUUUAUUCUAGUUGUGGGCUUAAACAGGAGGUAUUAUGUAGCUAUCCUGGUGUGCAGCACUUUGUACUGUGCAGUAUCCACAGUUAUCUGUAUAUGGAAUGUUGUACCUAUGUCUAAUGGACACUUGGAGAGUGCACCACAGCUGCUGUAUAGAUAUACUAUUCAUGAAAAUAACAGGGUUCCAGGAACAAAGAGUUAGUUUCAAAAGACAGCUUAUAUUUGUUUUCCCUAUAUUACGACCAUUGCGUCCUUGAUUCUAGGAGGCUGACUGUAACUGUACAUGUAAUAUACAUUACCCUACAGUGUAUUUCAGUAACAUACUUGUCUUAUGAAAGAAA